AUGGCUAAACUUUGUCCAAUUCCGUGUCUGAUUACAAUUACCUUCUUGGUAAUCCUGGCAUUCCCAACCUCGGCCUCUACAGAUAAAUCCGAUGCCCAAGCUCUUAGAGAUCUGUACAGGUCCCUGAACAGCCCACCGCAGCUGAAGGAAUGGAAAUUAAACGGUGGAGAUCCUUGCGAAGAAUCAUGGACUGGAGUUUUGUGCUUUGGAUCAUCAGUAAUCCACCUUAAACUCCAUGGCCUAGAGCUCACUGGAACUCUUGGAUUUGACCUCUCAAAUCUAAGAAGUUUGAAGCAGCUGGACCUUAGCUCAAAUCACAUUCAUGGCGAUAUCCCCUACUUCGUACUUCCUAAUGUCACACAACUGAACUUGUCAGGGAAUAACUUUAGCCAAAGCAUUCCAUACUCCUUAGUUUACAUGAAACAUCUCCGGCAUCUGAAUCUGAGCCACAACACUUUAUCUGGACCCUUAGGAGAUGUGUUCAAUGGCCUGGAGAAUCUAAUAGAAAUGGAUUUAUCAUUCAACAACUUCACCGGAGAUCUACCUACGUCAUUCAAAACUUUGACAAACCUUACAAGAUUGUUCUUGCAGGGAAAUGAAUUUACCGGAUCAGUAAUAUUCUUGGCCAAUCUCCCACUAUCUGACUUGAAUAUUGAAGAUAACCAUUUCAGUGGUCUUAUUCCAGAAAAAUUUCAAGAUAUACACAACUUGUGGAUUGGCGGAAAUCGGUUCAACAAUGGAUCAAACUAUCCACCCUGGAAUUUUCCUUUCGAUACUUUGCCCAACGAGCAGAAUAUCACUAGUCCACCAUCUACAAAUUUAAGUGCCAUUGAAAGCUAUCCUUCUCACAAAGUAAGAGGGCACAAGAAGAAGGGGCAGGGGGUAGCAGGAAUAGUUCUGAUGGUUGGAGGAGGCACUCUGAUUGCUGCAUGUGCAGCUCUUUUCAUUUCAAUUCGUAUUCACCGAUCACGUAGGGAAAUCCUCAAAAGCUUAGGUAGCUGCGAAGGUUCAACAAGAUCUUCACCAAUCAGCAUAGUCAGAGGUCCAUACAUCGCUAUAAAUAUAUGA